ACUGCUAGCUCGGUCGUUAUAUGACCUGACCAGCUUAGCUCAUCCAUUCCUCGAUCUACAGCUCUGCAGAAAAAGAAAAAAAAACAGAUCCGACGACAUGGAGAUGGAGAAGAUGAUGGGGUGCCAGAUCCCGGCGUUUGGGGUGUGGAACUACUGCAACGAUCUGUCCAUCACGCAGUACUUCGACUCGGCCAUGCAGGCAAGGCUGAUGAAGCGCUGGAACCGCCACGGCGACGGCGAGAAGGGCGUUCCCGGCGGCGAACAGCUUGUCUUGGUCAAGAGCUCCUCUUUUAAACGCAAGCCGGCCCAGAUAAAGGUGAUAAGGAGGGAAGUGGAGAAGCACUGCAGUGGCGGCGAGCUGCAGGACGGCGGCGUGCAAGUUGAAGUUGGAGGAGCCUACGCAAUGAAGCGUAUGGCUGUGGAUGAGGACCUGUACAAGGUGCCCCAACCGCUGCUAUACCCAAAACCCCGAAAGGCGAGGAAGGUGGUCUGGAGUCUGUGGAUUGGGUGCGUGGGUCUGGACUGCAUUGCCUGAGGAACCACGAAGUAGCAUGUUUCCAUCUUCCGUCCAGAAAAUAAUUAUUGAUCCCGCUGGGAGUGAAUGUUAUUUUUUUCUCUAGUUCUGUUCACCUUCAUUUUAAUGUUUUUAAUCCAAAUCGUUUUGCUAUUAUCAACUAAUUAUGAUUUCUUUGUAACUUUGUA